GGGACCGGCAGAGUCACGUGGUCCCGCUCCCGCCGCCCCCGUUGCCGCCGCCGCCGCCGCCGUCGCGGUCUUUCUCUGUCUGGGCUGAGGCAGCCAUCUUGUUCUUGCCGCGUGCUGGUGUUGGAGGACCCUCCCUGCUUCAGAUUUACCAACAGCAUGAAUCAAGAAAAGUUAGCCAAACUUCAGGCUCAGGUCCGGAUAGGGGGCAAGGGUACAGCUCGCAGAAAGAAGAAGGUGGUACACAGAACAGCAACAGCUGAUGACAAAAAGCUUCAGAGUUCUCUGAAAAAACUGGCAGUGAAUAAUAUAGCUGGUAUUGAAGAGGUGAACAUGAUUAAAGAUGAUGGGACAGUAAUUCAUUUCAACAAUCCCAAAGUCCAGGCUUCCCUCUCCGCUAACACCUUUGCAAUUACUGGUCAUGCAGAAGCCAAACCAAUCACAGAAAUGCUUCCCGGAAUAUUAAGUCAGCUUGGUGCCGACAGCUUAACAAGUCUUAGAAAAUUAGCUGAACAGUUCCCAAGGCAAGUGUUGGAUAGCAAAGCACCAAAACCAGAAGACAUUGAUGAAGAAGAUGAUGAUGUUCCAGAUCUCGUAGAAAAUUUUGAUGAAGCAUCAAAGAAUGAAGCUAACUGAAAUCUUUUCUGGUUUUUGGAAGCUGGCAUGGACUAGAUUUAACAAAUCAGCUAUGUGGUUCCAAAGUUUUACCGACACAGAGAACAUCAUCUGUUACUAGUUCAGUAAUAUAAUAUUUUGUAUAUUAAUAAUGCUGUUUGUUCAGCAUUUUUCGGUCA